AUACAAUGAAAACUAAAGCUGGUAAAACGUCGGAAAGCAGCGGCACAAGCUCAAAUUAUGAAUCCGAUCCCGUCGACACAGAAGGUUGCAACUUUGGACUUACCCCCAUCGAACUGCCCUACCUCUGGUAUCCGAACCAAGAGAGUGUUAAUCACCUCGAAUACGUACGCCGGCUCGAGUGUGAGUUCACCUGCCUACAACGCGCCUUCCUUGCGCUCACAACACAAUUCGCACGUUUGCAAUUCCGAGUACGCCAAAUAGUUCAAGCUGAACCAUGUGAACGCGAGGCACUACUCUUGGAUCUCGAGCGGGUAGCCUUUAACGGCGAUGAAGACAGCGACGAGUUGCCUCGCAUUCAACGCGACUCCAUCAAUAUGGGCGAUGUGCGCCACAAACAAAGUUAUAUUCUGGAGCGAUUGCGUCAACAACUGGGUACACUCUCGGAGGCACAAAGCUGGCAACCGGUACCAGAGCUAGAUGCUGCACCACCUGCACAGGAUUCAGUUGAUGAAGUAACCUGUUGCUGCAUUCGUAAGAAACGAAAACCACCGCCAACACCUGAAACAGCUACUGAUCAGAGCGCGUUCGCAAGUAGUGCGGAGUCCUCACGCUCCAGAUCGAGCAGUCCCAAAACUGAAACGGGAGUGGGGAGUGAAAGCGAUGGUGAAAAAGCUCGCAACGGAACCAUCUCGAUUACAACCCCAACAACUCAGUGCGACUUUUGCGACGAGACGAGCUGUGCUGUAAGAAAGCCAAGGAUUUGCUACUGCAAUGAAAUGUACGAAGGUAAUAAACCAGAGAGAGACGAUUGCUGAAACAAGUCAACUUUGCGCGUUUAUUGCAUUCGUACAGACGCCUGCACGAAACUGUUAGCCAAAUACUUAGAUCCGAAUGUUCGCUUCUAAAUAGAUUUUACUGAUGUGUCAUUGCCGAUUUUCAAUGCUUGUGAUGCUAUUUAGAAUUUUAUAUUCACGAUAUAUUUUUAAUGUCUUUACUACACACAAAUACACUCACAAUAUUUCUGAUAUUUUAAGUCAGGAGAUGGCCCUAAUAAAAGUAUAGUUAAA